UCGAUUAUCCGACAAAUCCUAUCCAUACAUCUUCAUCCCGUCCGCCAUCAAGUGUUUGGGAGCUGAGGAAAUCGAAGAGAAAGUGAACCAAAGAAAAGAAAAAUGGAGUCUCUGAUUUUGAUUCCAGCAAGCAGACACGUUUCAGUCUAGGAAAUCGAAGAGAAAGUGAACCAAAGAAAAGAAAAAUGGAGUCUCUGAUUUUGAUUCCAGCAAGCAGACACGUUUCAGUCUCAAAUUCUUCUGGAUUUUGCUCCGACUUCUACGUUCCUUUUACUACUGGAAAGCGCGCCAUCAACUUCCGAGCAUCUUGUCCGCAGAUUCUCCAUUGGAAUGGCAUUCGACAUGCGCAAACUACUCCAAGGUCUUAUACUCGAUACGGYCCGCCGUAUGGUGAGGAAGAUGAUGAUCCUGAAGUUCAGGUUGAAAGCCUCAGAGUUCCUGAUGAUUGGUCGGUCCCUACCAAGGCAUUGGAGGAAUCAGAAUGGCUUAGGGUUACCCUGCACAAAUGGUUAGAUGAUGAGUACUGUCCAGAGGAAACUAAUGUAGAGAUAAGCAGAGUUGCUGCAAAUUCGUACUACAAUUCUUUGUUAGAGAAGAGGACAGACCUAGGCGAUAUUUUGUUGAAAAUGGCCAGAGAAUUGGAAUCUAUUUCCUAUAAAGAAAGCUUUCAUGGUGCAUUCWCUUCUGCCAAUGCAGCAGUGAACUUAAUUGCUCAAAAAAUAGAGUUGUCUUAGCUGUUUCAACCACUUCAAUUUUCAAAAUCGUGCACCAUUAGGACGAGGACGAGGACGAGGACGGGGAAAAUUUACCUCGGACCUCAGCCUGACUUUGAUAAUGACCAAAGUUAUCAAGAGAUAUUUUGAAGUAAACCUUUCUCAACUGUCACUCCACCACGGUAGAAUCCAGGGGUGAUAAUGAGUGGACCCUACUAGUCAACAGUAUAAAUAGGAAAGUAAUCUUCCUAUUAGGUACGGUACGUGCAUGUGACUAAGAACUCGUCUUGAGAGCACUUCUGAUUAUCCUGACUUGAGCGUCRGAGCCCGCUUUCCCUCUUUUGUAGGUUAUGCGUUCACCYCGGAAUGGCAUCUAUAUCUCUCUCAGGAAGUAUCAGCAUAUUCACCCAGUGGCCUUAACAGGGACGGUCUUCGACAGGCAAAAUCGGAAUAUUGCCUUCUGAUUCCAGCCAUUCUUUUUGCAGGCACUACUGUCAUCAAGGCCCCCCAAGGGCAAUGCUUGUAGAAGAAGACGACGCUUUCCCGAAACCUACGAAGCCAUCCCGGUACGAAGGAAUGCAAUUGGCUUUAGCCAUUUCAUUGAUAUAUAUGAUAUAUACUUGUUGUCUGAGUUGCUCUAUGAAAGGCAUUCUCCAUAGGCAGAGCCAAGGUUCAGUUCAUAUCAAAUUCCACUGAUUCUUGGGAGAUUCAGUAGGACAAUUUUGGCCCGAAGAUCGUGUAACAGGUAUCUAAGUUUAAAGUAUAAUCCGAUGAAAUUAAAAAUUUGAGGUAAAAUUUGGCUUACGACAUAAAAUUAAACUAAAAAUAACACCAAGUGAUAGCAAGUUAUUUUGAUAGUUUUGUUAUUGGCAACGUUAAAUUUUGUUAUAUUUAUCUUAUAUGAGAUCAAGUAUGGAAUGUAUUUUAA